AUGGCACCCUCAUUAUUGAAAAUCGGACUUCUGCCUACUCUCGCGCUGGCGCUUUGCUGUGGCAGAGCGUUGGGUGAGCCCUGGAAGGUGAUCGACACGGAUUUUCCCGACCCUAGCGUCAUCAAGACCGACGAUGGAUAUUACGCCUUUGCAACUUCUUCACGCGGCGUCAAUACUCAAAUCGCUCAUUCUGCAGAUUUCCACACGUGGAAUGUCUUGGAUGGCCAGGACGCACUUCCAGGCCCUUUCCCUAGCUGGGUAAAUGGUAGCCAUCCGAAGGUCUGGGCUCCAGAUGUUAUCCAACGGAAUGAUGGAACCUUCGUCAUAUACUAUUCCGCCGCCACCAGCGGAACCAAGAGCAAACACUGUAUUGGCGCCGCAACCUCUUCUUCAGUUACGGGUCCCUACUCGCCAGAGCAAGAUGUACUUGCCUGUGAUAAGGGCAAAGGCGGUGCCAUCGACGCUGCGGGCUUCAAGGAUGAUGACGGUACAUACUAUGUUGUGUAUAAGGUGGACGGCAACAGCCUGAACCAGGGGAGCGAGUACCACCCCACGCCUAUCAUGCUGCAGAAGCUCAAGUCGGAUGCCGUGACUCCUGACGGGGACGCCGUGCAAUUGAUUGACCGCGACGAUGCCGACGGGCCCCUGGUCGAAGCCCCUAGUCUCGUGAAGAGCGAUGGCCAGUAUUACCUGUCGUUCUCGUCAAACUGGUACAACACCCUGAAGUACGACGUUAGCUACGCCGUCGCGUCGGCCGUCACCGGUCCGUACACCAAGGCGUCGGCUCCAGACGCGCCGUUGCUGGUUUCCGGGGAUAGCAGCGAUGUCGGACCGCUUGGUGGUCCCGGUGGCUCUGAUUUCCGCGAGGAUGGAGGUGCGAUUGUAUUCCAUGCUUUUAACAAUGGGCAGAAUAUGACCAAGGGCCGUGGGAUGUGGGCGGCCAACGUCAAGAUCGGUGGAGGGAAGAUCUCCGUGCAGUGA